AUGCAGUAAAUGAAAACAUAAAAACAAAUUUCAGAACAGUAACAGUUAACCACCACACUCCAUGACAUCAUUUACCACGACCAGUUCUUCUGAACCAAUCUACCAUGUCACUUUAUCAUGUUUCCAUCCAUUAUCCAUACCCCCAUACAUAUACGAGUUUACUUACCUCUACAUACAUAUAAUAGAAAGAGAAAGAUAGUAACUAAGCAUGAAGUGUUUGUUGUUUUAUCUUGUGUUCUUAGAGCUUCUCUGGUUUGGUUAUGGACAAUCUAGUAAUCAUCAGCCUCUUGCUCCAGCUUUCUUCGUCUUUGGAGAUUCCUUGGUUGAUUGUGGAAACAACAACUACAUUCCCACACUUGCACGAGCUAACUAUCUCCCUUAUGGAAUUGAUUUUGGCUUCCCCACUGGCCGUUUCUGUAAUGGCCGUACAGUUGCUGAUUAUGGAGCAAUGUACCUCGGUUUGCCAUUGGUGCCACCAUUUUUAUCUCCUGUAUCAAUUGUGCAAAACGUCUUGAGAGGGCUUAACUAUGCAUCUGCAGCAGCUGGGAUCUUAGAAGAAACUGGCCAACAUUUUGGAGCAAGAACUUCAUUCAGUGAACAGAUAUCACAGUUUGAGAUGACAAUUGAAUUAAAGCUCCGGCCAUUCUUUCAAACCCCUGAUGAUCUGAGAAAGUAUCUUGCCAAAUCCAUUAUUGGGAUCAAUAUAGGAAGCAAUGAUUACAUCAACAAUUACCUUAUACCUGAUAGAUACUCGAGCAGCAAAAUCUACAGCGGAGAAGACUAUGCAAAUCUCCUCAUCAAGACUCUCUCAGCUCAAAUAUCUAGACUAUACAACUUAGGUGCAAGAAAAAUGGUGUUGGGUGGAACAGGGCCCUUAGGUUGCAUACCGAGUCAGUUAUAUAUGGUAAACGGCAACAACAACACCAGCAAGUGUGUGACAAAGAUCAAUAACUUGGUUUCAUUGUUCAAUAGCGGAUUGAAAGAUCUACCAAACACUCUCAACACUACUCUUCCAGGAUCUUUUUUUAUCUAUCAAAACAUCUAUGAUCUCUUCCAUGACAUGGUUGUGAAUCCAUCUAGAUAUGGUCUUGUUAUACCAGACAAAGCAUGCUGCGGUAGUGGGAGAUAUGGUGGAGCCUUGACAUGCCUUCCUUUGCAGCAACCAUGCUUGGAAAGGAAUCAAUACGUCUUUUGGGAUGCAUUUCAUCCAACAGAAACUGCCAACAAAAUUAUAGCUGGAGAAACCUUCAGCAACUCUGCCAAAUACUCUUACCCUAUCAGUUUAUAUGAGUUGGUUAAGCUGUGAGGAAUGUGUCUCAAAUCUGGAUUUCCUCUCAUUAUCAGGUUACCUUGGUUUUCUAGUUUCUAGUUAAUUAGAAGACUUUAAAUAUGAGAUUUGUAUGUAACAAUUGCCCAAAUCUUCAAGAUCAUAAUCUAUAUUCCAAUGUUAUAAGGUAA